GACAGAGAGAGACAGAGCAUGAACGGGGGAGGGGCAGAGAGAGAGGGAGGCACAGAAUCGGAAGCAGGCUCCAGGCUCUGAGCCAUCAGCCCAGAGCCCGACGCGGGGCUCGAACUCACGGUCCGUGAGAUCGUGACCUGAGCCGAAGUCGGACGCUCAACCGACUGAGCCACCCAGGCGCCCCUUAAAGGUCAUGUUCUUAACCAGGACAUAGUCACUCGUCAGUAAAAGGUCUUUCUCCGUCUUCAGAACAGUCCUGGGUUCUGAACUUGCCAUCGAAGAAACUCAGGAGGAGGAGUUGACAGUCUCCCCAUCCCUCACCCCCUGGGACGGGCCCCAGCAUGUCUCAGGCCACCAAGAGGAAGCAUGUGGUGAAGGAGGUGCUGGGGGAGCAUAUGGUGCCCUCUGACCAGCAGCAGAUCGUGAGGGUACUCAGGACCCCAGGGAACAAUCUGCAUGAGGUGGAGACAGCCCAGGGGCAGCGCUUCCUGGUGAGCAUGCCCUCCAAAUACCGGAAGAACAUCUGGAUCAAGAGAGGCGACUUUCUCAUUGUUGACCCGAUUGAAGAGGGAGAAAAAGUGAAGGCUGAGAUCUCCUUUGUACUCUGCAAAGACCAUGUGCGCUCUCUGCAGAAGGAAGGGCUCUGGCCUGAGGCCUUCUCAGAAGUGGCUGAGAAGCACAACAACAGUAGGAACAGACAGACUCCGCCAGAACUCCCAGUGGAGCCACAGUCAUCAGGAGAAGAGUCCAGCUCUGAAGAUGAUUCUGACCUCUUUGUUAACACCAAUCGCAGACAGUAUCAUGAGAGCGAGGAGGAGAGCGAAGAGGAAGAGACAGCCUGAGUCCCUCGACCCGCUUCUCUUGCCCAGAGACUAGGAUUGGCUCCUCUGAGCUCAGACAUUCCUGGGGUGCUCUGCAGAUCUUCCCCCUCUAGAUGGGGGACAAGGCAGGGCCCCUCUCUGAACUGACCUUCUGCUCAAGGAGAAUUAAACCCCUGGUGGGUGACGACUUGUGCUGGUGUCUGAGUGGCUCUCUGGAGGGAGGAGGGAUUCGUGAAGUUACAGACUGCUCCUUGGUGCAGGUCCUAAACGGGCAGGAAAUGGAAAUGGCUGGAACCUUUCCUAGAUUCUCACUGGGCACUCAGUAAGUGCCAGGCCCUGUGCUGUGCCUUCAUGCAUGUAUUUACUAACUGGGAGCAAUCCUUCUCUGUUGCCUGCUGGCAAGUAAUACUGAGUCAGGCAUUCAGGAGCACGGCGGAAGGAUCUAGUGCCUCCGCCUCUAAGAGACACUCAGGACAAAUUUCAUAGUGCCUCGUAAGCUGUUUUCCUGGCGUGCCAGUCACCACGACUGCAGUAAUGCCCACCUCCGUGCCGUGGUGUACAUCCUCUGCCUGGUGGCGGCCUUGUGGCUACACAGACCAUUACUCCUCAGCCCUCUUGCAAACCAUCCCACUUGUCCUUUGAAGCUCAUACUUCUGGCCAUACACUCCCUCUUCAUUAUUGGCCUUGACCUAAUCACUGUUCAGACGUUGAAGAGUUUACCCCCUGGCUUAGAGUCUUCUAUUCCUGCUUCUGUCGUCAUUUUCUACCUCCUGGGAGUGGGUCUCUUCAACACUGUGUGUGGCCCCCUACUUCUUUGUCUUCCACUUCAGGCCUGCUGCCUGUGUCUUCGGUCCCUCCCUGGAUCCCUGCCAUUGGUAGGAAUUGCCCUUCUUGAAUUCAUACAUCUGUGCAGUCACCACGUCCUGGCUUUCUUGCUUGCUCGCUCAACUACCUCCUCUUUAUCUUUAUCUGCAGGCCUCCUCCCACCCCCCCACCCCGCUCCUUUCCCUUCUUACUGUUACUCUCCUAUCUCCACUUUCCUAUACCCUCCCGCUCCCUUGUUUCCCUCCACUGUGUUCAUCUAGUAAAACCUAACCCCGGCCAACCCGUUUACCUCUCUGCUUAUGCUCAAGUAACUGCUAGAGAAAACAGCCAACCUAGCUCACUAGUUUUACCUUAAAUUCAUAAUUAACAAAACCUCAAGUGGACACUCAGCACUGCCUAGCAGAUCUUCUCUGGGAUCUUGUAUUUCAAAACUUUUACGUUGUCUGCCAAUUCCUCCUUCUCCUCUUAGGUGUUGACCACAUACUUCAUUAAAUCAUAGCCUUUGGAGGGAACUCUCACCUCUCCGUUACCAAGCGUACAAAUGUGCUCAUGGAUUGUCUUGUCUCUAAUGUCCCCAUGUAAUCCAGUGGGACUAAAACCUUUUCUGUUGUGCUUUGGAGCUUGUCUGUCCUCCUGCUUAAGGACUGUACGGAAGUUUUGGUUUUUGUCAUCCUUUCUACUGGAUGUGUUAGCAUCGAACACGCUGUAGACUCUCCCAUCCAAAACAGCCUGAAACACCGGUCGCUGUUCCCACAUCCUCUCCAGCUACUGCUUCAUUUAUCUGCUUCUUGUUCACUUUCCUUUAUAGUAUCUUAGUAUAGCUUUAAACGUAUACAUGUGUAUGUGUUUGUAUGUCUGUGUGUACAAAAAAUAAACUUCAGGUGAGUUAAGGAUAUGUAUGUGUGUGUAUAUUGAACUUGGCUGAAAUUUAUUUUUUAUGGGAAGUGACUUUUGCUAAAGGGAUAGUCAUCUGUAUACCAUCUACUGAAGGGGUCGUUCUUCACAGAUUUAAGGUAUCUUAAAAUAAACGAAAUUCCUGCGUAUUUAUGGGUCUCCUUUCGGAAUUUCUAAUCUGUUGAUGUAUGUGCACCUACCACGUUUUAUGGCAGGAUUAAUAAUCUCAUAGCUCCCUCAUCUCUGCCUUACUAUUCCUUGAAAAUUUCAUAUUUUCUCUUACAUAAGAACUCUAAAAGGAACUUGUUAAUUUCCACUUAAAAAUCCUGUUGAGAUUUUCAUUGGCAGGGUUUUAAAUCUAGCUUGAGGGGUGCCUGGGUGGCUCAGUCAGUUAAGUGUCUGACUUCAGGUCAUGAUCUCACGGUUCAUGAGUUCGAGCCCCACAUUGGGCUGUGUGCUGAUAGCUCAGAGCCUAGAGCCUGCUUCAGAUUCUGGGUCUCCUGCUCUCUGUGCUCCUCCUCUGCUCAUUCUCUCUCUCUCUCAAACAUUAGUAAGUGAAUAAAUCUCCUAGCUCAAUUUGGAGAAAAGCGCUAUCUUAACUCGUGAACCAUGAGGUCAUGACACUUAACGGGCUGUGCCACCCAGACGCCCCUGAAUUCUUCAGUUCUCGUGGUUUUUCAGUUAAUUCUCUUGGCUUUCUGGGUAGUCCAGUCAUGUCCCACUGGUGGUAGUUUUAUCCUUGACACUCUUUUUUCUUUAGGGAUUACAGGGAUCAGGACCUCCAGUGUAACGUUGGGUGGCAUCCUUGUUUUUCUCCCAAUGGGAAUGGUUCUCAUGUGUCAUCACACAGUUCUUGCUCUAAGUUUCUGCUAGAUAAACUCCAUUAGGCUGAAAAUGUUUCCUUCUGUUCCCAGCUUGCUGAAGGUUUUUACCCUGUAUUUAACAAUGAUGGAUUUUGCUAUCUCCUGAGUUAACCAAAAGUCUUCAUUUUAUUACUGUGCUGCUGUCCAUGAACAGACUUCCUCAAGCUGUCCUUGGGUUUGCUUGUAAGCCCUGUUUAGUUUUAGAGGAUUUGUUCAUUUCUUUAGGAUUUUUAUAUUUACUUCUGGGCCAAUUUCACUUUUUGUUUUAAUGAUGUCGCUGUUCCAUUUUGAUAACAGCAUUAUGCUAGCCUUGUAGAAUGGAUUUGGAGAUGUUUAAUCUUUAUCUUUUUCUUUGUUCUGCAAUAAUUUGUAGAACAGGAGUAAUUUGUUGCCUCAAAGUUUGGUAGGCUUUAUUUAUAAAAAUAUCUCUGUCUGGUUCCUUUUUAAGGGGUAGAUCUUUGCUUUUUAGUCCUGUGCCAUUUUAUUCAGGUUUUCUAUCCUUGAGUCCAUUUUGGCAGUUUAUAUUUUUUGAGUCGUAUUUCAUGUGUAUUUAAGCUGUUUGGGGCAUCAUUUUGGACCUUCUUACUUACAAGCGACAAAAUCUAACUCCAGCUAGCAGAAGCAAACCAGGGCUCGUUGACAGAGGUCUAAGAAUACAGCUCUAGGCAGAGCUGAUCCAGGUCCGGCAUGAUUUCGUUAGGACUCUCAUUUGUUCCUUGGAUUACCUCUGCUUCUGUAGGUGGACGAAUCUCUUUCUCCCUACCAUUGUUUUCUGCAGGAAGCUCCGGUUUACACUCAGUCCUUACAGGCAAAGAGUUCCUCCCUUAGCAUCUGUGUAUUUCACAGAAGAUCAGUGGGUAUUCUUGGGUCGCUGGCCCUCUCCUGAGCAAGCGCUGUGGCCAGGGCUGAAUAGGGAGGAUGGGGGUUUGGUGGGAGGCGAGAUGAGCCAAACCUGAUUCGCAUGUACCACGUGCUCCAUAGACUAGAGAGGUUCUUUUACCAGAAUAAGGAGACGGGGUGAGAGCAGUUAAAACCAACAAACAUUUGUCCUGUAUUCUGUGCAUUUUAUUUUCUUUGACUAGCUUUGCAAGAUGUCUGCCUACUUUAUUGGCCCUUUCCUUCUGUUUCUUUGGGUUUAUUUGCUCAAAGCUACCUUAUUGAGUUGUGUGCUUCAUUUCAGUCGUGUUUUCUAGCAUACUCGUGGCUACCAGUGUUCCUCUGAGUACUCCUUUGACUGUUACCCGCUUGGUCAUAUGUAUCUGCGAUUUUUUUGGCAUUGUAUCUGUAAGCCUGGCCUUAGAUAUUUCUCUAGCUUUCAGUGAUUGUGUGAUGUACCUAAUAGCCCCUGUUUUCCCCCUAAAGCCUUUUCAUCACCAUUUCUCCAUCUCUUCUCAGUCUUUUAGCUCCUGUGGGCCGUAGCUAAGCUUCCCGAUGCAGGUACAGUCCUGUGUUCUGCAUAGUACUCCCCUUUGCCAUUCUCUGAAGUUGAAUGCCCCCUCCAUUUCCCAGCUUAGCGGCAGAAUCCAACCAUGAGUGAAUAGAUCUCCCAGAAUGAGCUGAGUAUUCUAAGAGCUCCCCCUCCGCCCCCCACGAUGCCAUGGUCAGUCCAUGCGAUUGGAUGCCCAAUAGUAGUAAUUUGUUAGGUUUGAGACUUGUGGCCCUUCGGGCUCGGCACCUGUAUCACUUUAGCAUCAGCCUUACGGCAGGUCAUUUCCACCAGAACUUCCCCACCCACCUCCUCCCUCACCAUGCGGCCACCGGCAUACGGGUGCCAAGGAGCACACCUGGUAAUCUGAGCGAGCCACGUGUUUUUUCUCCUUUAGCCUGUGACUGCGGUAAGCUACCUUGACAGUUUUCUCACCUUAAAACAUCCUUGCAUUCCUGGAAUAAAACAGUCAUGAUAUAUCUUCCAA